CUUGGCAACGGUUGGGGGAAAAGAAAGUACUGCCGGCUGUUUAUGAUACCGUGAAAGUAGUAAUUCUAACAUUUAUCGUCUGUGAUAUGACAUUGAAAUUUUCACUAACAUCUAUGAUCAUUUAAUUUUUAUAUAUAAUCCGAGUACAUAUCUCUGCUUAUUAAAAAGGUUUGGAAGCUUUUAACUACACACAGUAAACGAACAAUCAAAAUGAGUGGUGGUGUGUAUGGAGGUGAUGAAGUAGGAGCAUUAGUAUUUGACUUUGGUCAUUACUCCAUUCGUGCUGGAUAUGCAGGAGAAGAUACUCCCAAAGCUGACAUCCCUACUAUGGUUGGUGUUAUUGAUGAGCAAGCUUCAGAUGCUAUGGAAGUUAAUGGUAACACGAAUACUUCAAGUGAAAAUAGUACUCAGAAAAAGUAUUUUAUAGAUACUACUAGCAUUCAUGUUCCCUUCAAAGGUAUGGAAAUUACUUCAUUUUUAAAAGAUGGAAUGAUAGAAGAUUGGGAUCUUUUCGAACGAGUCUUGGAUUAUGUUUACAGCAAGCAUAUUAAAUCUGAGCCUCAUCUGCACCCUGUUCUAAUGUCUGAAACCUCCUGGAAUGCCCGUUCAAAGCGAGAAAAGUUAACCGAAUUGAUGUUUGAGAAGUACAACAUUCCUGCUUUUUUCUUGAGUAAGAAUGCUGUGCUUGCUGCUUUCGCUAAUGGUCGGUCAACUGGAAUAGUUGUAGACAGUGGUGCGAGCCAAACUUCUGCAGUGCCAGUUCACGAUGGAUAUGUUCUGGCACAAGCAAUUGUUAAGUCUCCACUUGCUGGUGAUUUUGUUUCCAUGCAGUGCAAACAAUAUUUAGAGGAAAAUCAUAUAGAGGUAAUUCCUCCUUAUAUGAUAGCAUCUAAAGAAGCUGUUAAGGAAAAUGAUCCUGCUAAGUGGGUUCGAAAACCUAAUUUACCAGAAGUUACUAAAUCUUGGCAUAAUUAUAUGGUUAAAGAAGUUUUGCAGGAUUUUCAAAGCUCAGUAUUGCAAGUAUAUGAAGCUCAGUAUGAAAAAGAGGCAGUGGAAAACAUGCCUAUUGUUCAUUAUGAAUUUCCUAAUGGCUAUAAUCAGGACUUUGGUGCAGAACGUUUUCAAAUUCCUGAAGCCCUUUUCGACCCUUCAAAUAUCAAGGGAAUACCUAAUACUACUACCAUGAUGGGAGCUGCACAAGUGGUCACAACUAGUGUUGGUAUGUGUGACAUCGAUGUUCGUCCCAGUCUUUAUGGAGGUGUUAUUUUAACUGGAGGAAAUACUUUAAUUCAAGGAUUUACUGAAAGACUUAAUCGUGAUUUAGCUGCAAAAACACCUCCAAGUAUGAGAUUAAAAGUAAUUAGUUCUAAUAAUGGAGCUGAACGUAGAUUUGGCUCUUGGAUUGGUGGAUCAAUUUUGGCAUCUUUAGGAACUUUCCAGCAGAUGUGGAUAACUAAACAAGAGUAUGAUGAAGGUGGAAAAACUCAAGUUGAAAGAAAGUGCCCUUGACAGGCUCCUUUUUCAAACCCAUAACUUCCAUUCUAAUAUUGACAUUGUCAUAUCUUCAUUAUUUUUAAAUUAUGCUUUUUCAACUGAAUGGAAAAUUUAAUUUUAGAAGCAGUGAAAAAUAUCUUCAUGCAGAGUAAUUGUAAAAAUCUGAACAAAAUUCAUUUUUGCACUUUAUGAUUAUUUAAGAAUAAAAAUUGUUGUUCAGAAUAUUAUCUAUAAAAUAUGGGAAUCUUCUGCAUUGUCAGUUAAUUUUUUGGAGUACAACUGGAGAUCUCUAUACGAUAUCAACUGGAACAUUUUUUGAAAUGGUUAUUAUUUUGUGUAUAUUUACAGGGAAUGUUUUAAUCAUUUAUACUGAAUAAGAGCUAAAACUAAAGGGUAAGAAUACAAUGAAAAGACUGUGAUGAAACCAUACAGUUACAUGCUUAAUUGCGUCUACUCAAGAAACGACAAGUAUAUAGAAGAUCUGUCAUGUUAAGUCUUUAAUGAUCCACAAUAUGAGUAACUUUAUAUCGUUUCCCCGUAUGUGUAGCUAUAAUCUUAGUCAGAUGUUAAUUGUAUUUCUACUUGGUGGUAUUUGUAUAGUCUUUGUAACAUUGUCAUCCCAUUAACUGACUCUGGACCAUUAUCAGAAUCUACUUUAACUGGAUAGAGUAAGUUGCAUGAUGAUGACUUUUGUCUUCUGUGCAUCUGCAGCGAUUCUGUAGAAAGUUUUUACAAAUGCUGGUAAAUUUCUCAUAUAUACGUGCUCUAAAUAUUUUUGAGAAAAAUUGGCAUUUGUUUAUUAUCAGAUCAAUAUUUUGGUGUUAAAUUUGAUAUUCAGAUUUUGACACCAGAACUUUUUUAUGGUAGCUAGGAAUUGUAUUUAAACUUUACUGUGUGAUGGAAUUUCGUUAAAAAUACAGAAAGGUUGAAUAUACUUACAAAUGAUUAGACGUAAAAUGAAAAUAAUUUAAUACAUGGGAAAUUAAAUAUGCAGGGUUGCUGAAAAUCCCCAUUCACUGUGCAGUUUAAAUAUAUAAAAGAUAGGCAUAAAAUUACCGUUUGUGUUCAUGCUUAAUUCCAGGCUAAUGAAUUUGAGCAACAGGACAAUGUUUAAAGUGUCCAGAAAUUUAAGUAGGUUUUUCUAUACAUAUUAAUGUGGUAUGAUUUCUGAUAAGAAAUGUGAAUUAAACGGCUUUUUAAGCACAUAUGAAUACCAUGUGCUGAAAUAAAACUGCAUAAGUGCAAAUUUUUUUAAUGUACCUUAUAAAAUGUUUGGAAUAAUUUUUUUUAUAGUUUCACUAAAAACAACUGUUACUGUUUUUGUAACCUGUCAUGAUUUUAUUGUCUUUUAGCUUUCUUUUUAUAACAUUCACUUUAUUGUGUGACCAUACUUGAUAUGUAAAUGUAAUGUAAAAUGCCAAAUACUGUUUAAUCUCCACGCCAGUGUUAAUUUUAAGUAGUUUGUUAUACAAUAAUGAGUAAUAUUGUUCUUAAAAUAAUGAACAGAUAUGAAAAAACAAAACUUUGUUCUUGUUUUAAGAAUUUCAUACUGUAUAUAAUAUCAUACCAUAUAUUGCUUCAGUAAAAAUUAGUGCCAGUGUUAAUUUGAAGUACAGUCAAAAGUCGUUAAUUCGGACACCCAUAAUUCGGAAUGUUCUAUAAUCCGGACCUCAAAACUAAAAACUUUCUGCGCAUGCGCCGUUGACACAUGCGCAUAGGUGUUUACGCGUGCG